AUGGCUACAGAAACCAUUCCAGAGGCAUUUUCAGUGGCGGCACAGAAAUUCGAUAAUGCGCCACCGUUCCCUGAUGAUGUCGCUACUGCACCGUUGCUACGACUGUCGCUUGCGAAAUUAUUGCAGAGAGAUGGCGAAGAAGUAAAUCGCUUCGUGCGUGCAUGUGAAGACCUCGGCUUCUUCUAUCUGGACCUAUCUGGACCUGGAGACUCACUACUCGCAGACGCAGACGCUCUGUUCAAAGUCAAUGCUGAUCUGUAUGAUCUUCCAUUGGAGGAGAAGAAAAAGUACGACUUCACGCUCAAGCAGUCGUAUUUCGGAUAUAAGGGCUAUGGCGCGAAUGUGGUUGACAGAGAUGGAAAUCUUGAUCGAAACGAGUUCUAUAAUGUAUCUAAGGACGAUAUAUUUGGAUUGUCUGAUCCUUGGCCAGCACCGGACGUUCUCAGCUCUCAACGACCUCUUCUCAAAUCAUUCAUUCAAUCUGCGCACGGGAUUGUUACUCUCGUACUUGAACUACUGAAUGACCACCUCCGUCUGCCGCCGAACACUCUCCAAGAUAUGCAUCGACUCGAGGGUCAUUCCGGAGACCAAGUUCGCUUUAUCAAAGCACCUCCGCAGCCUAUGGAUGACCGACGAACUGCGUUGGGCGAGCAUACCGAUUUUGGCAGCGUUACCGUCCUGUUCAAUCGCCUGGGUGGACUUCAAGUACUACCGCCGGGUCGGAAUGCUGAAUGGUGCUAUGUAAGACCAUUGCCAAACCACGCGAUCAUCAACCUGGGAGACGCCAUGGUCAAGUUCACCAAUGGCCUUUUGAGAUCCAAUAUUCACCGGGUCGUCUCUCCUCCUGGUGAGCAGGCCAACCACACAAGAUACUCACUGGUUUAUUUCAACAGACCAGAGAAUGACGUCAUGUUGAAGAGACUGGACGGAAGUGAGAUGAUCCCACCCUUGGAGAAGGAUGAGGUUGAGGAGGAGAUCAAUAGUAAAGACUGGAUAAUCAGGAGGGCACUGGGACACCGGAUUGCACUAAUGGACGGAAAGAAAAUUGAUUUUGACAAGGCCGCUGGCACAGAAGCGAAGAGUCAGAGGGCAUAUCUGUAG